AUGCUUUGCCACCCACCCGUUCCGUUCGCCGUCUCCCAUCCCACCAUCUCCUCUCUCCCAUCCCACCAUCUCCUCUCUCCCAUCCCACCAUCUCCUAUCUCCCAUCCCACCAUCUCCUAUCUCCCAUCCCACCAUCUCCUAUCUCCCAUCUCACCAGGUGACCUACAGCCUCCCAUUCUCCCUCGCGGCGUUCUUCACCACCAGAGGAGGCGGAGGGGAGGGCCUGCUUGCUAUGUGGCUCGCAAUGACUGUUGCCUUCACGUGACCUACAGCCUCCCCUUCUCUCUCACAGCGUCCUUCACCACCAGAGGAGGCGGAGGGCAGGCCCUGCCUUGCCUUGACGUCCGAUUCCAAACACACAAUCCACCAUGCCCCACGCCCCAUCCAUCACCCCAGGUGACCUACAGCCUCCCCUUCUCUCUCACAGCGUCCUUCACCACCAGAGGAGGCGGCGGGCAGGGCCUGGCAGCUGGUCUACUCAACAUUGCGAUAGUGCUGCCUCAGAUGUUUGUAUCGCUAGUCAUCGGCCCCUUUGAUGCAUUCUUCGGUGGGGGCAACAUUCCUGGCUUCAUGGCAGCUGCUGCCUUUGCUGCUGCUGCUGCAGCUGCUGCGUUCUUCACCCUCCCCCGCCCUCCUCCUGACACGCCUCCCCCUCCCAGACCCUCUGCCUCACGCGCUAGUCUUUGUACUACCUCAAUCCCUCAUUGGAUGUCUCCUCCCUCUGCCUCUGCGCCACGCGAUAGCCUUUCUAACCCCUUUCGCACGCCGCCUCUCCAUACCUCUGCAAGACGACCCGAUCCUGUGUCUCCCCUCUCCCUACCCACUUGUGUCUCUCCUAUUCCACCUUUGGGCAUCAAGGAUUCUUGUAGCAGGAGCCAAUAG